AUGUCAGACUCGGAGGAUGUGUACAUGAUGUCGGCAGACGAAGAUUCUUUCGUCAUUCCGAGCAAGUCUGGCAAGUCAAACGGGAUGAGCAAGACCAAACCGGCCGCCAAGAACAAAUCUUCCACCUCUGCGUCGGUAUCUGCUCCAAAGGCCAAAGUCGCAGCAGGCGCAGCAGGCGGGACGAAAAAGACGAGCACUGCGACGGCGACAAAGAAAGCGGCGCCCUUGAAAAAGAGAAAUUCGAACGAGGGUCAAGGUGAGGAUUUCGAUCCCGAGGGAGAUGAGAGCAUCUUUGAGAGACCUAGACAAGUCGCUGCUGCCGGCACUGGGAAGAGCGCCUCGGAGCAGUACCAAAAGGUGAGAUGCGCUGUGUGUCCUGCUUCCACAUGGUGCAUCCGUCCAAGAGGCAAAGGCGCAUGACUUGACGCUUCGCGCGCCCUUACCGCCGCACAGCUGUCGCAAUUGGAACACGUCCUCAAAAGGCCCGACACGUACAUUGGUAGCGUCGAGAAACAUGAGGAUGAUCUAUGGGUGUACGAUGGAACUACCGAGGGCAUGGCUUACAGGUGAGCUACGCUCCGCCUAGGCUUGUAUGCGCAUCGAAGGUGCACGCGCUGACGCUGCGUGUAACGCGAGCAGGAAGAUCGCAUACGUUCCUGGCUUCUACAAGAUCUUUGAUGAGAUCCUCGUCAAUGCCGCCGACAACAAGGUCAGUGUGGGGUAGGUCGCAUGACUAGCAACGCCUGACGAGCUUGCCUUGACUGAGUAUGUCCCUCUCCAACUCCCAGGUUCGCGACCCUACCAUGGACACGAUCAAAGUGACGAUCGACCGAGAAGAGGGGUCGAUCACAGUGUGGAACAAUGGUCACGGUAUCCCCAUCGAAGUGCACGACAAGGAAGGAGUGUACAUUCCUCAGCUCAUCUUUGGCGAGCUCUUGACCUCCUCCAAUUACGACGACAAUGAGGACAAGGUGACGGGAGGUCGUAAUGGAUACGGUGCAAAGCUUGCCAACAUCUACUCCAAAGAGUUCGUCGUGGAGACUGCGGACAAGGAGAGGGAGCUCAAGUACAAGCAGGUGUUUACGGACAAUAUGAGCAAGGCGGGCAAGCCGAAGAUUACCAAAAAUAGCGGAGGCAAGCAGGAAUACACCAGCAUCACUUUCAAGCCCGACUUUGAGAGGUUCAAAAUGUCGGGCAUCGAUGCGGAUACGGAGAGCUUGCUGAGAAAGCGCGUGUACGACAUGGCGGGAACGGUCAAGGAUUGCAAAGUGUUUCUGAAUGGGGAAAGACUCAAGGUCAAGUCAUUCAAACAGUACGUCGAGAUGUACGUCAAGGCUAUCAACGAGCUUAGUGGAGAGCCCAAAGUGGACGAGAAUGGAGACGAAAUUGCAAAUGCUCCGGCCAAGCAGACGAUCAUCUACGAUCAGCAAGAGGACAAGGGUAGGCUUUGGGAAGUCGCUUUUGCAGUGUCGGACGGUCAAUUCAGGCACGUGAGUAGGCGGUUGAAGCUUUCACAAUGCACAUGCAACGAACCGAUCUGAUGGGCCGUGCGCCCUUGUCUGUCAUCCAGUGCUCCUUCGUCAAUCACAUUGCGACGAUCAAGGGCGGCAGACACGUGGACAUGGUAGCGUCUCAGGUGGAAUCCAAGAUCAUGGACGCACUCAAGAAGAACAAGAAGAAUGGACCGGUAAAGAGCCAGCAGGUUCGACAGCAACUUUGGAUCUUUGUCAAUUGCGAAAUCGUCAAUCCUACCUUUGACGGACAGACCAAGGAGACUUUGACGCUGAAACCUAGCGCUUUUGGAUCAAAGUACACCGUCUCGGAUGAGUUGGUCAAGAAGAGUGAGUGCGCCGUUCGCUGAGAUUUGCAGCGAGCUGUGUGUAGAACGACGCUGAUUCGCGUGGUUUGCGAUGCGACGGAUUCUGCAAAGUCAUGAAAGCUGGCGUAGCGGAGAACGUCCUUUCGUUUGCCAAGUUCCAGCAAGAAAAGCAGCUGAAGAAGACCGAUGGCGCGAAGCGAUCACGGUGCGUCGACCGAACCGACCAGAGACUUGAGCGCUCUCACUGAUGCUCAAUUUCUCCUAAACCCUAGAAUCACGGGUAUCCUCAAGCUCGAGGAUGCCAACAAUGCCGGUGGACGAAAGGCGCGUGACUGCACCCUCAUUCUCACUGAAGGAGAUUCCGCCAAGGCGCUUGCCGUGUCCGGUCUAAGUGAAGUGGGCCGCGACAACUACGGAGUAUUCCCAUUGCGUGGUAAGCUGCUCAAUGUGCGCGACGCGAGCCACGACAUGAUCAUGAAGAAUACCGAGAUCAGUCACAUCAAGACGAUUUUGGGCCUGCAACACAACAAGGUCUACAAUAGCGUCGACUCGCUACGAUAUGGAAAGCUGAUGAUCAUGACGGAUCAAGACCACGACGGUUCGCACAUCAAGGGUCUCAUCAUCAACUUUUUGGACCACUUUUAUCCCUCGUUGUUGAAGCAAGCUGGAUUCCUCAUCGAGUUCAUCACGCCCAUCGUCAAGUGCACAAAGGGGAAGCAGGAGAAAUCCUUCUUCACCAUUCCAGAGUACGAGAGAUGGAAAGAGGAGAAUGCGGACGGCAAGGGAUGGGUCAUCAAGUACUACAAGGGUCUGGGUACCAGUUCGGCCCAGGAUGCCAAGAAGUACUUCAGAGCGAUGGACAAGCACAUGCUACCCUUCGAUGCCAUGCAGGAUAGCGACCGGGCGCUCAUUGACCUCGCGUUCAACAAAAAGAAGGCAGAUGAUCGUAAAGAGUGGCUGAGGCAGUUCAGACCUGGAACUUAUCUGGACCACAACAUCAACAGCGUACCCUUAGCGGACUUUGUCAACAAGGAGCUCAUCUUGUUCUCCAUGGCAGACAAUGUCAGAUCCAUUCCUUCUUUGGUGGACGGACUGAAGCCAGGUCAACGGAAAGUCAUGUUUGGGUGCUUCAAGCGCAAGCUCAAGGGAGAGAUCAAGGUAGCGCAGCUGGGUGGUUAUGUUUCUGAGCACUCUGCUUACCAUCACGGAGAGCAGAGCAUGUACAUGACCAUUGUUGGUCUAGCCCAAGACUUCUGCGGUAGCAACAACAUCAACCUCUUGUCGCCCAACGGUCAAUUCGGUACGAGAUUGAUGGGAGGCAAAGAUGCGGCCUCGGCUCGUUAUAUUUUCACUAGCUUGCCUAGCAUCACGAGACAGAUCUUCCAUCCGGCCGACGACAAUCUCCUCAAUUACCUCAAUGAUGAUGGACAGAGCAUCGAGCCGGAGUGGUACAUGCCUGCCGUACCUCUUGUGCUCAUCAAUGGCGGCGAAGGCAUCGGAACGGGAUGGAGCUCUUCGUUGCCUAAUUACAAUCCCAAGGACAUAGUCGCCAACCUUCGCCGAAGGAUGGCCGGUGAAGAAUAUGUGCCCAUGCUGCCUUGGUACAGAGGUUUCAUCGGACCCAUCCACCAAGUGGGACCUGACCGUUUCAAAUGCUCCGGUAUCAUCGAGCCACACGAUGAUGGAAAGACGUGGGAGAUCAAAGAGUUGCCCAUUCGCACUUGGACAUCGAGCUACAAGGAGUGGCUCGAAGAAAGAGUGGUGGGCACGGAAAAGAGCCCGGCUACGAUCAAAGAGUACAAGGAAUACCAUACGGACACGACUGUGCACUUUGUCAUUGAGCUCAAUACGCGCGGACAACAAGAAGUCAAGGAUCAAGAGAGCGCGGAAACUUACUUCAAGAUGCACACGCUCAUCGCCACGUCGAACAUGGUCCUCUUUGAUCAAUAUGGCAAGAUCAAAAAGUACGCUACGCCAGAAGAGAUUCUAGAAGACUUUUAUCUGCUCAGGCUCCAGUACUACCACAAGCGCAAAGAAUAUCUGGUCGAGGAGCUCAAGAACGCGUUUGAGAGGCUAUCGAAUCAGGCGAGGUUCGUGCAGAUGAUCAUCAAGGGAGAAUUGAAGGUGUCGAAUCGCAAGAGGAACGACAUUGUGUCCGAUUUGAGAAGGCACGAUUUCAGACCUUUUCCAAAGAAUGCCAAGGGCGCAGUCGCGGCCGAAGUGGACGACGGCACGCCGGAAGACGAGAUGGAGAAUACGGGCGCAGAAUCAGACUAUGAUUACUUGCUCGGUAUGGCCAUCUACACUUUGACCAGGGAAAAAGUGGAGCGCCUUUUGGCUCAGCGCGAAGAGAAGGAAAAGGAACUGGCAACUUUGCUAGGCCGGUCGCCAGAGAAUCUCUGGGAUGAGGAUCUGAGCAAGUUUUCGGAAGAGUGGCAAUCAUUGUUGGACGAGGAUGAGAGGAGGUUGAAGGAUGUGGGAUCGAAAAGGGGGAAAGGCGCCGGAGGCAAAAGGAUAAAAGGUGGAGGCGCUGCUGCUCGUAAAGUCUUCAAAGACGAGGAUCGCAGCGCUGAUGAUUCGGAGGACGAUUACAAGCCCAAAGUGGCUGCGCCCAAGAAAAGAAUCGCGUCUGGAUCCGGAGGACCUGCAAAAUCUGCUAGCGGUGCUGCUGCUGCUGCCGUCAAGAGGGCUACCAGUACCCUGGACGAUGAUGAUCUGAACGCUCUGACGAAAGCUUCUGCAUCUGCCAGCAAUGGGAUCAAGAAAGCAAAGAUUGGAAGCGGCAAUGUUCCUAGCGCUUUCAAAACUGCUGCUGCUCCGUCCGACGUCGACGACAGUUUGGAAGCGGACGUGAUCCCUACGAAGGCUUCGAAGUCCAAAACAACUUCUAGCGCUAAAUCGCGCACAGCUUCGACGAGCGCGAAAAAGGCUCCGGCGACAAAUUCUAAAAAGAUCUUUAGUUCGGACGAGGAAGAGUCGGUCGUCUUGACCAAGACUCCACCUGCACCCGCUCGCAACACCAAUGCUAGAGCUAGAAAAGCUCCCGUCAAGUACACCAUUUCGGAUAGCGAGGCGGAAGAAGGCGUUUCGGAGUACGACGAGGACUGA